ACAGUUCGCCAAUGUCAUGUAUUCUGAUUGGUCUGUUCACAGAUUACAGAUAACCUCUGUGAUCUGUGGGUAUGUUUCUGUAGCGGUGUCUCUGGCGGUGUUUAGGUUAGAAAAUUGAAAUUCGAGCAUUUGUUGAAAUAGAAACAAUUUUAGUGAUAUUUAUAUGUGAAUUGAUCAAGCAAGAUGCCUAAAUCCAAAAGGGACAAAAAGAUUUCUUUAACCAAAACUAGCAAAAAAGGACUAGCAUUGAAACAGAAAAUUGUCGACGAUGUUCGAAAUUGUGUGGAAAAGUACCAGAACAUCUAUGUAUUCACGUUUAGGAAUAUGAGGAAUGAGAAGAUGAAGGAGGUUCGAGAGCAGUGGAAACCAAGCAGGUUUUUCUUCGGCAAAAAUAAAGUUAUUGCCAUAGGAUUGGGCCGAUCUGAGGCUGAAGAGGUCGAAGACGGUCUACAUGAACUCUCAAAAUCCCUCAAAGGCCAGUGCGGGCUCUUGUUUACAGAUUGUAGUAAAAAAGAGGUUACUGAAUGGUUUGAUGACUUUUCGGUAGAAGACUUUGCUAGAUCAGGCUGUAAAGCCACAGAAACAAUUCUUUUAUCCGAGGGUCCUUUAUCGCAAUUCUCACAUGCCAUGGAGCCCUAUUUGAGGCAAUUGGGAAUGCCCACCAAAUUAGAACGAGGGGUAGUUACGUUAAUAAAGGACUUUGAGGUGUGCAAAGAAGGGUCUAUACUCACCCCUGAGCAGGCCAAAAUAUUGGAGCUGUUAGAAAACAAAUUGGCCACGUUCAAAUUGAUCUUGAAAGGCAGGUGGACCAAAGGGGAAGGUUUUGAGCAGAUAUCUUCCAAAGAUGAGGAGGAAGACGAGGAAAUGAAUGAAUGAAUGAAUGUGUGAUUAUUGUUUAUAUUUGUAACUAUUCAUAUAUUCAAUAAAGCUAUGUUGUCGAA